CCAUAAAGCCGAGCAGAUAAGCGGAGGGACAGAGACGGGGCGAGGAUCAGUUCAGACAGGACGGACAGAGACAUGGACGGGGUUCAGCCACACUCCGCCGUGAGGACGUCCUUCAUCUUUCUACUUCUGAUCCUGCUUCAAACGUCCAGCGGGCUCAUCUGCUCUGCUCCGAUGUCUGUGGAGUUUGAGGAAAACAACAAAGUGGAUGAUGUCGUGGCAACAAUCACCGUCCAGCCAAAAGUGACCCUGGUGCUCGAUCCUAACCUCGCGGACCUGUUCAAUAUCCGAGGAAACCAGCUGGUAGCCGCAAGGGUGUUCGACUUUGAGACUGGGAAAACCUAUACGGCCAGGAUGACCUGCAAUGACACAGCGACAGGCUCUCAGCUUAAACUCACCAUUGUUGUGGUGUUGACCAACGUGAAUGAUAACCCUCCAGUCUUUGGCCAGAAACUCUACCACCUCGAUGUCACUGAGUUGUCUCCUGUAGGAACAACAGUGGGCCGGUACGCCGCCACAGAUCCUGACAAGCCCGAUCAGCUCUUCUACACACUGACAUCUGAAUCUAACAACUUUAGACUGGAGUCAGCUACCAACCCAGACCUUGUCAUCGCCAGGACUCUCGACUAUGACAACGUCAAAAAUAUCAAACUGGUAUUGUCCGCUCAGGACACACCAUUAUCAGCUUCUAACGGGAUCUCUUUCACCGCCACCACCACCAUCAUGGUCACCGUCUUAGACCGGGACAACAGGCCGCCGUGGUUCCAACCCUGCACCAGGCAGGAGAUAGGAGUGACUGUGGUCUGCCAGAGUGCCGGAUACACUGGCGAGGUUGUCUUGAACGAACCAGAGCCUGGAGUGUUACCGCUGGAGCCAGGACCACUCUAUGCCAUCGAUGGAGACUCGGGGAUAAAUGAGCAGCUAACGUACUCAUUUCUGAGCGGAAAUGACGAGCGCCUGUUCGAGAUCAACGCGGCCUCGGGGAACAUCAGCAUGCUGAAGCCGGCCAAGACAAUGGAUACAAUCAAUCUCGAAGUGCUGGCCAUCCAGAAGUUGAACAGUCAUCAGUUUGCCACCACCACUGUCACUAUCCGUGUCAAGGUGAAGAGCCUCCACCCGCCACAAUUUCAAAAGUCUCAGUACAGAGGGGUCAUCACUUCAAUGGGCACCAGGGCUAUGGAUGGGGACAAACCGCUCUACAUCCAUGCUACGGACCAAGACUUCAAUGAGCUUCCGAAUCCCCACAUUGUGUACUCCAUUAAUGGAAGCAGGGAUUUCUCCAUCAUUAAUGGCUACAUAUUCAUGGAUAAGGAUCUCCCACCGGACACAUUGACCCUACGAGUGGUGGCAACAGACACGUCUAACGGUGAUUCCGAUACGGCUCAGCUCAUGUUGCAGGUGAAGUCAGGUCUCACCACCACCAGUUUGCCUUUGAGCACCACAAACAUUAUGGCCACAACGCCCAUAGGGGAAUCCAGCACCACUGACAGCAAGACCACUGACUAUAUUGUGUCCACCACCAACCCCAUUGUGACCACUGAAAGCAGCAUCUCAACUACCAUCCCCAGCACCACUGACACCAAGACCACUGAGGGAAUUGUGUCCACCACCACCAAACCAAAUGUGUCCACUGACAGCAGCAUCUCAACUACCACCCGCAGCACCACUGACAGUAUAAUCUCCACCACACACUCUAUUAUGUCCACUGCCCCUGAAGGCAGCGAUCCAACCACUAAUGCCAGUGUGACCAGUGAAGCAAGCAACUCCACUGCCAGCACAGAUCAUCCUCCCACAGUGAUCAUACCAUCAGGCGACUAUUGGCCGACAGACAUGGCAGCCCUCGGUGCGACCCUGGGUGUCCUGCUGUUUGUCUCUCUGGUGGUCAUCGGGGUACUCAUCUAUCUCAUGAGGAAAGGGAAAGCAGACUGGAAGAAGAUCUACGAAGUCAGCGUGUUUCGAAGCGCUCUGGGUCGAGGUUCAGGUGGUCUUAAGGAGGGCAUCCAGUACGUCAAUGAGGCCUUCCAGAACGAUGAAGAUGGAGGAAGCAUGGGCUCCAGUGGCCCAGAGGGGGGAAUGCCACGAAAGGAAAUGGAGGACUUCCCUCUCAAACAGGCCAUUAUGAGGUCUUCGAUGCCACUGCAUGUCCUCCUGCCUGAUGAUACCAACCUGCCGGACUCAGAAAAGGCCGACAGCGAGAAGGAGGUGAAACCCAUCCUGACCAAGGAGAGGCGCUUGGAGGAGGGAUACAAGGCAGUUUGGUUUAAGGAGGACAUCGAUCCCAAUGCCAAGGAGGAGGUGGUCAUUAUCCCACACAGCAGAGAGGAUGACAGCUAUGAGGAAGAUGAGGUACAAUCAUCCAGCAACAGGGAGGAGGACAAGGACGAGGACGAAGACGAACCCGCCAAUAAAAUCCCAGGUGUCAGUUUCGAUGAUGCAGAUCUGGACAGUGGACUUGGGGUGAAGAUGGGGGAUCCUCCAGAGGACUCCGAUGAUGAUGAAGUACUGACCUCUGAUCUGUGAGAGGAGUCAAAAGGCAGGGACAUAGCGGGAACCACCUACAAUAAAAUCUAAUCAUGAUUUAUCAGUUUUGAGUUGUGUAACACGCGCCCUUAUUAAUCAUGACGGAGGAACAGUGAAAUAGAACAUGGACUGAACACACCUAAUGUGGAAAGUGAAAAAAAAAAUCACGAGUUCUUCAAACGGAACUUUUCACAGCUUUAUGUCUUUAUGUAAAUACUUUGUGUCAUGAUUAAUGGAGUGUGACCUGAUGAAGAUAUUAUAAACAUGUACCAUAGGA